GGAGGCCUCACCAUAGCCGGGAUCCUCUUCAUUCUGGGAAUCCUCAUUAUCCUCAGCAAGAGGUGCCGAUGCAAGUUCAACCAGCAGCAGAGAACCGGGGAACCUGAUGAAGAGGAGGGAACUUUCCGCAGCUCCAUCCGCCGUCUGUCCACCCGCCGGCGGUAGAGACACCUGGCGUCUGGGACUCAGCCAGGAUUCCCCGGCACCUGACGUCUUCCGCCCACCACCUGCGCGCCUCCAGCCACCUGGCUGGCCCCUCCCCAGCCUUGUCCCACGGCCUCCGCGAGCCGCCCAGACUUCCAAUAAAACCUGCUGCAGCCGCACCUUCGCUGCCUCAGCAUCCAGCAGCCCCCUGCUCCUGCUCAGCAUGGCGACCCCAACCCAGACCCCUACAGAUGGCCCUGAGGAAUCUGACCCAUUUUUCUAUGACUAUGCCACGGUGCAGACGGUGGGCUUGACUCUAGCCACCAUAAUGUUCCUGCUGGGGAUCAUCAUCAUCAUCAGCAAGAAGGUGAAGUGCAGAAAGGCAGACUCCAGGUCUGAGAGCCCCACCUGCAAGUCCUGUAAGUCGGAGCUUCCAUCCUCAGCCCCUGGCGGCGGCGGCGUGUAAAACGAGCCAACGGGAACCUCCACUGCUGUCCCCGCCCAACGCGGGAGCCUGAGGACCGGGUGAAGGCGGUGGGGACCCCAGCCUCGCGCCGGGGACGCUCCCCCGAAUGAGCCGCCCCACUCACCCCAAGGCUGGAGCCGCUGCACCCCGCUGUCCCUUCCCAGGCCUUGGCAAUGACGAUCCCCCAAAGAGCCUGUCUGCACCCCAGAUCCAGGGACUCAGGCCUCCAGCUCCUGGGAUCUGGGAGUCCACCCCCAGCUCCCCAGGAACCCCUUGUGCUGCUCCCCCAACCCCCUUGUCUCCUUCGGGAGCAUCCGUGCCCUGGCCCCGCGGUGUCCACGUCUUGAGCUUAAUAAAUGUGCAUUUGGUUUUCCGCCCUGUUCUGUGUGUUCUCAUCUGUGGGCACACAGGGGUGGGAACUGCAGAAGUGAACGGGU